AUGGUAACCUUCAAACUAGUCAAAACAUCCACCAUUGUCUGCUGCAUUUGCUUCAGGACAAGUGAGGGUUUAAAGGCAAUAAAUACCCCAGAUGAGAACUCUUUGAAAUUGAGCGCAAAACUCAACUUUGUCGCGCCCAAGCUGGACUGGUCGGACAUAUUCUCCAUAUGCCCCGAAUGUAAUGAGCAACUGGACAACGCUUACAACUUCAAGUUGUUGUGUUUAAAAAACGAAUCAUCUCGAAUGGCCUUUGAUAAAUCCUCCUUGGACGAUCAGCUUGAUGAUGCCUUUCAAGCAGAGCAUCUCCCAUUUGGGGAAGAGUCCGAAAUAAAGGACAUAGGCUUAAAGCCACUUCAAGCUCUUGAGCUUACAUGCCCCCAUUGUAGGAAAACGUUUAAAUCCCAAAGAACUCUAGAGACCCACUUUAAAAAACAGCACGACAAAACUUGCCAGCUAUGUGAGCAAAGCUUCAGCACCAACAAAGAACUUCUAAGGCAUAAGAAAGCUGAGCACCAUCGGCAGCAAGAAUCAUCGAAGUUUCAAUGCGAAAUUUGUGGGGAGAAAUUCGCGCUGCUUAAACACAUUCUCCAGCAUUCGAUGCAAGUUCAUUUAAUGAACAGGAAGGAUAUAAAACCCUAUUGGUGCGAUCAAUGCAGCAACAAGUUUUCCUCCUCGACAUUACUGAUCCAGCACAAAAAGUACCAUAAUGGUGAAAGAACGUUCAUAUGCACCACUUGUGGCAAGUCGUUUGUAACAAAGCGCGACUUAAGCGGACAUGAAAAACUCCAUGAUAAUGAAAGAAAAUACAGCUGCGAUAAAUGCCCGAAGAACUUCAAUACCAGCCAGAACCUUAAAACUCACAUUUAUGUGGUUCAUACAGACCCAAGUAAAUGGAAGUACUCCUGCUCGGUGUGCGGGAAAAAGUUCCCAAUGAAGAGCAAUUGCAAUGAGCACAUCAAACGGCACGAAGGCAGCAAAGACUUUGAAUGCCACAUUUGCGGGAAAACAUUCAUCAGCAAUUACGAGGUGAAAAAGCAUGUGAAACUGCACUCAAACAUUGCCUUCUACAAAUGUGCGGGAUGUUUGAAACACUAUCGCGAUAAAAGGUCGUUGGAUAGUCAUCUGUAUAAGAUUCAUGGAUUGGGAACGAAGAAACCGCCAAUACGAGUGAAGAAAUUUGUGUGUCACAUCUGUCCUAGUCAGUUCUUCGAUAAUCAGAAACUGCAAAGACAUAUUAGGGCGCAUACUGGAGUGAAACCCUUUAGGUGCCUUGAAUGUGAUAAACGGUUUAUCGAUAAGAACUAUUUGAGUUCUCAUCUGAAAAACGUGCAUGGGUUUGAAGUGAAAACAGCAGGUAUUGAUGAUUAUUUCUAA